CCUCUCGGCUUCCGUUCAACUUGUGGUCACAACGACAAAGCGAAAAUAAAAAGGAUAGCAAUUAGCUAGCCAGCUAAUCCCUUGCAUGACUCAGUCGCUGUACAUUUCACAGGUUUAUGAAAAAAUGGAUAUGGUCAGGGGACCGGGCUGAAUUUAGAAACGGAUUUGGAGUUUUUCAAGUUGAAUUUCACCAGUCUAUGCAUCAGCAUUGCCAUGGAUAAAUCUCAGUGAUGGAGUCCCAGAGGAAAAGCUCUGAUGAGGAGGACAGUUCAGGGGAGCGAGGGUCGCUCCACACCUGGAAGGGCUACUCCUAUAGUGUCACCCCAGAGAGAGUGCUCCUGUCCAGGCCUGUGCUGCAGGCUGCCCUGGGGACACGCCAUGGGGUUCUACUGGUGGAGGGCGGGCAGGUGUACAGCUUCGGUGAGUUCCCAUGGAAACAGAGCCAGGUGUCAGAGGUGGGCCCCCUGAAGCCUGUCCUAGAGAGCGCUCUCAGUGGCCAGCGCGUGGUCGCCGUGGCAGCGGGCAGUUUCCAUAGCGGGGCGCUUACUGAGGACGGCGGGGUCCACAUGUGGGGGGAGAACUCGUUCGGCCAGUGUGGCCUGUCCAGCCUCACUGUAGUCCCCAAUCCUACUCCAGUGGCUGUCAUGGACCCCGACACCAGCCCCCCCCAUACCAUCCGGGUCCUGGAGCUGGCCUGCGGGGAGCAGCACUCCCUUGCUCUCUCUGCCCAGCACGAGGUGUGGGCCUGGGGCAGCGGCUGCCAGCUGGGCCUGGUCACCACCAUCUUCCCCGUUUGGAAGCCCCAAAAGGUGGAGCACCUGGUGGGCAGAUACGUCCUUCAGGUGGCCUGUGGGGCCUUCCACAGCCUUGCCUUGGUGCGUUGCCUACCACCUCAGGAGUCCCGGCGGCCCCUGCCAGACAAGUGUGGCCAGUGCAACCAGCUGCUCUACACCAUGACGGACAAGGAGGACCACGUCAUUAUCUCAGAUAGUCAUUACUGCCCCCUAGGGGUGGAGUUGCUGGCUGAAGGAGAGACCAGGCUGGGGCCUGGAAGGUCCCCUCCACUAGGGCUUCUGAGCUCCCCUUCAGAGCCCCUCCUCUCCUCUCAUGCCUCUGACUCAGCGCCAGGUCCCCAUCCCUCCAUAACAGAACAUACAGACUAUGAGAGGGGGAGGACAGUGGCACAGAAUGGGGAAGUCUUGACCACCACAGAUGCUGACAUCUCUGCUUCUGGGACAGACUCUGAUCGAGCUGUUGGAGGUGUGGGGGGUGCAAGGUCUCAGAACUCCCCCUACCCUAAUGAUCAGGCAGUGAAAGAAUAUCUCAAGAAACUGUCUGACACCUCUUUGGCUGAGGAGACUGCCAAGAUGACCAUAGCAGGAGCAAGUUUUCAGCCCCCAGCAGAUAGCCUUGACCUCCUGACCUCUGACCUCAUCCCCGGGGUCAUGCCAGUGACCACCAGCUCUGCCCUCAACAACCUGGUCUCAUCCUGUGCCUCCGCCGUGGGCGAGAGAGUGGUCUCCACCUACGAGGCUCUGUCCCUGAAGAAGAUGAUUAACUACUACUACCCUGGGGUUGGGGGUGUAGCAGGAGUACCCGGUGGGUUUCCAGGGGGACCCGCGGAGGUGCGGGUGCGUCUGGAGGAGUCCAUGCAGGGGAAGAAGAGCUGCAGCACGGGGGAUAUCCGUGAGGAAGAAGCCGAGGGCCUGAGUCGACGUCUCUCUCUGCCUGGACUCCUCUCUCAGGGUAGAUACGCUGUUCGUCUCUUAUCCUCCUUCUCUGCUCAUCGCCUCUUAUCCUUAUCUUCCUCCUAUACUCUGAUGUUGUCCCCCAGGUUGCUGCGGAGGGCCAGCCGGCCCAGGGUGCGAGCGGUGCCCCUCACCCCUGUGGGAGGGCUCCCAGAGGCGGGGGAGCUGCUCCCCUCCCUGCAGACCGAGGUGUGGAGCUGGGGGCGGGGCGAGGAGGGCCAGCUAGGCCACGGGGACAACCUCCCCAGGCUGCAGCCACUGUGCAUCAAGUGCCUGAGCAGUAAGGAGGUGGUGCUUGUGGCUGCUGGGGCACAUCACUCCCUGGCCCUGACUGCACAGUCCCAGGUCUUCUCCUGGGGUAGUAACAGCUCUGGCCAGCUGGGACACAUGGCAUCUCCUACUACUAUCCCUCGCCUUGCCAAGCUGUCUGAGGGGAUCCGUGUCUGGGACGUGGGUGCGGGGGCGCAGCACACCCUCCUCCUGGCCGAUGGGGACUGUUAUCAGCCCAUCCUUUACUAUAGCGGACAGCAGGUCAGAGAGGGGGCGCAGGACGCAACCCAGGACCAGACGGAGGGGUACAGCUACACCCAGCAACCAGUGCUGCUCCCCUUCUGCAUGAACUUGGGCUACGUGAGCGGUGUGUUUGCGGGGGGCCAGAGCUGCGUGGCGCUAGCCGACCGCAACGUCAUGGGUUUCAUCGCCAGCCUCCACGAGCUGGCUGCUGCUGAGAGGAAGUUCUACUGCAAGCUGAGCUCUGUGAAGAACCACAUCCUGCGCCCCUUGUUGGACCUGGAGUCGUUGAGUACAGCUCUAGGCCCGGCGUCCACAGUGCUGCUACGGAGCCUGGCGAGGUGUUAUAGCCGCCUGUGUCACCUGACUGGCCAGCACUCUGCCUCCCUCACCGCCAACCUUCGCCGCCGCCGGGAGUUUAAAAGCCUGGUUAUGCUGGAGCAUGCCAGCAUCUUCCUGGACACGUACAAUGAGUACUGCUGCUCUGUGGGUAACUUCCUGGUGAUGGGGGGCUUCCAGGCUCUGGCCAAGCCCUCGCUAGAAUUCUUUGGGAAGUGUCCAGAGCUGUUGCAGCGGCUGGCAGAGUCCAGCGAGGAGAACAUUCCUCUGAGUGACCUGUUGGUGACGCUCUUCUACCUGCCCAUGAGACACCUUCACGAGUAUGGCAGGCUGCUGCUCAAACUGGGAACCUGCUUCGAGGUGAGCUCAGUGGACUACCAGAAGCUGCAGGACGGCUGCUCUAAGUUUGAGGCCCUGGCUCUUCAUCUGAAGAGGAGGAGGAAAGAGGCAGAGUACACAUACCACUUCUGGAAGAGCUUCCCUGGCAAGAUGACGGUCAGUGGCCUGGAUUCCCUGCGUAAGCCCCGCCGGAGGCUGAUCUGUGAGAGCAGUAACAAGGCCCUGACGCUACAGAACUCUGGAAGGUUCUCUGUCAACUGGUUCAUCCUCUUCAACGAUGCACUCGUCCACGCUCAGGGAGUGGUUCCCUAUAAAAGCCUUUUCUCCACCCACCACGUCUUCCCAUUGGCCACACUGUGGGUCGAGCCCAUCCCGGAGGAGAACACUGGCCUGCAUGGACUGAAGUUGAUCUCACCUGAGGAGACCUUCACCCUGUUGGCCUGUUCUUCCAUGGAGAAGGCCAAGUGGCUUCGCUCAAUCAACCAGGCGGUGGACCAGGCCAUGACUGGGGCGGGGCAGUCAGGCUCAGGGGCAGGGCAGAGGGCGGAGCCUCCCAUCUCCCGGACCGCCUCCUACACCUUCUACAAGGACAGCCGUCUGAAGGAGGCCACCUACGAGGGUCGCUGGCUGGCCGGCAAGCCCAAUGGGAGGGGUAUGGUGAAGUGGCUUGAUGGGAGAAUUUACACGGGGACGUUCAAGAACGGACUGGAGGAUGGUUUUGGAGAUUACGUUAUGCCCAGCAAGACGUUGAACCUGAACGACCACUAUCAAGGCCACUGGAAAGAAGGGAAGAUGCACGGCAUCGGAACGUACAAGUAUGCUACAGGUGAGUUGUACGAGGGCUCGUUCCAGGACAACAUGCGCCACGGUCACGGGAUGCUGCGCAGCGGCACGCUGAACUCCUCCUCCCCCAGCGUCUUCAUCGGCCAAUGGGUGCACGACAAGAAGACGGGCUACGGCGUCUUUGAUGACAUCAUCAGAGGAGAGAAGUACAUGGGCAUGUGGCAGGAUGACCAGCGGCAGGGCACGGGCGUCAUAGUAACCCAGUUUGGCCUGUACUACGAGGGAGCCUUCAACAACAACAAGAUGCAGGGCACAGGGGUCCUGCUGUCUGAGGACAACACCACAUAUGAAGGAGAGUUCUCGGAGGACUGGACUCUCAACGGAAAGGGUGUGCUGACUAUGCCUAAUGGGGACUACUUUGAGGGCUCCUUCACCGGGGAGUGGGGCUCCGGCCUGAAGGUCACCGGAUCCUUCUUCAAACCCAACCUCUACGACUCAGACGGGGACAAGGGUCGCGCUGUUAAGCUGGGGCGCCUGGCAGUGCCUCCGGAGGAGAAGUGGAGGGUAGUGUUUGAGGAGUGUUGGAUGAGGCUGGGCUGUGAGGCCCCUGGCCAGGGAGAGAACCAGCGAGCCUGGGAGAACAUCGCUGUAGCCUUGACCACCAGCAGGAGACAGCACAGAGACAGCCCGGAGAUGAACCUGAGUCGGACUCAAAACAGAAUGCUGGAGAGUCUGGAGUUCAUCCCUCAGCAUCAUGUUGGUCCUGUUACCAUGGAGAAGUAUGACAGUAUCCGACGUUACCUCAUCAAGGCGUGUGACAUGCCCCUGCACCCCCUGGGCAGGCUGAUGGAGACCCUGGUGGCUGUCUACAGGAUGACCUACGUGGGGGUGGGGGCCAACCGCCGCCUUCUGCUGCAGGCUGUCAACGAGAUCAUGUCCUACCUGGCCCGCAUCUUCCAGCUCGUCAGGUUCCUGUUUCCAGAUCUGCCUGAGGAGGGUGGAGCGAUCCCUGAACCAUCCUCUGACCCCCAGGACAAGAAGGACUCCAACUGCGCAGACACCCAGCUAGAAUCCCCCAAACCUGGGCGUGUGGUGAGUAGCUCCGCUCUGCUCCUGCCGGUGUUGCUGCCUCGUCUCUACCCCCCUCUCUUCACCCUGUACGCCCUGGAGAAGGAGAAGGAGGACGACGUGUACUGGGAGUGUGUCCUCCGCCUCAACAAACAGCCAGACGUGGCCCUGCUCGCCUUCCUCGGCGUGCAACAUAAGUUUUGGCCGGUUUCGGUUCCAGUGCUGGGGGAGAAGACCGAGGUUGUGUCCAGCACAAAAGACGCCUGUUUUGCCUCUGCAACGGAGACCUUACAGCAGAUCAGCACAACGUUCACCCCAUCCGACAAGCUGCAGGUGAUCCAGCUGACAUUCGAGGAGAUCACAAAGGAAGUGAUGUCAUCUCUGGAGGAUAACUUCCUGUGGUCCAUGGACGACCUGUUUCCUGUGUUCCUCUACGUGGUGCUGCGCGCCCGGAUCAGGAACCUGGGGUCAGAGGUGAGUCUGAUAGAGGACCUGAUGGACCCCUGUGUACAGCACGGAGAACACGGCAUCAUGUUCACCACACUCAAGGCGUGUUACUAUCAGAUCCAGCAUGAGAAGACCACAUAAGAACCACAGAGAAUCUCUGUACUGUAUACUGCAGCAGCUCUAUGUAGUGGCAGUCAGCCAAUUAGAGGGCAGGGUUGGGAGAGGUUUGGAGUGAUGCUGUCUCAGGGUCGUCACAGGAGGGUCACGAUGACUGACAGACAGGCUGCUGAGUGUCCAUCUGUUCCCCCGUAGCAGGACCACCUCCCCCUUACAUACACACAUACACUGACGCAUGCGCUUACACACACAUACGUAAACACCCACACACUACACAGCUCCCCGCUCUAACCACUACCUUUUGGUGACCAUGUCAUCAGGCUCAUACACCUACUUGAUUGAUCAGGUUGACCUCUGUAAACCCAAGGUGUUGUAAAACUGUAUUGGCAGUUUGGCCAGUUCAUCUGUCCAUAGGCUUUGUGACUCCUUAGCCCCUGAAUGAAGGAACCUGCUCCUCGAGCCGUCUGGAAUAGGGGCUUACUGUGAUGUGCGCCGAGCCAGUGGCGAUUUAGCUUGAUCGUGGACUGUUGUGAAUAUGACUGGCUAUUUCCUAUUCGCGCUACACUAGUGGCAGAGAUGAUAACCGCCUCGUUUGUCACCCAGCUCUGGUAGUGAAAUGGAAGUCUAUGAAGAGAAACUGCAACGUUUAAAAUCCAAGUGAGACUCACCCUGAACUUGGAGCCUGUCUAAUAACAAGACACCAUCCUGUAUGUACAGUAUAAGGUGGCAACUUCCAUUGGACCUCAGCCCUCAAAAGCACAUGUUAUUUAAUGGACCAACGCAAUAUGUCACAUUGAUGCCACUUAAAACACGGAAAAGGAUUUAACCUCCGUGAUAUCUGAGGCUGUGUACGGAUCGCUAGCCUGCGCUAGCCUGCGCUGUUUUGUAGUUGAAAUGUCAAAUGCACACUCGGUACAGUUUUGGUGUUAUUGUUGUGUUCAUUGUUCGGGGGGGGAACAGCUCUGUAUUCAGGUGAUUUUUGAAGAUGUGAGGUUGGGUGACGCUCUAAUUUUUCUCACGUGAUGCAGUUAAAUGACAGCCAGCUAAUGUGCACCUCAAAUGCUAGCCUUUUAAAAUAUUUCCAUUCGUACUGCGUCAUAUGUAUUUAUAACCACUCUGUUUGCGCGGUAUUUAUAAUGCUACAAGGUGUUUGUUUUUUCAGGUCACUUUGUUAUUGUACACCAGAGCUGUAAUUCAAAUGAGCACCUAUAUGAAAUGUUGACAUUUGAUGGGUAACACACAGUAGAAGCCAUUUUCUUUUUUUUUGUUAUAAAUCUCUUCCUGCAAUAUAGCUCAUGUAAUGUUCAUGUUUGGGGUUUGUCAAAUCAGAUUGAGGCUAUUACCAGGAAGCAAUAUUGUUAAUGUAUUUGUUUGGUGUGCUCCUUUCAUGCAGACAGACUUAUGACAGUAUGAUGCAGUAUUUGUUACUACCUGCAAGGCAAUCACUACCCUGAAAAAACUGUCUCUGUUCAACUAGUUGGGGGCUGAUCAUGCUGUAGUGGCAUUGUGAUGGUUAGACAGUGGUUAUACAGUGACAUUGAAGUUGACCAAAAGCAAUUUUCUUUUUUUAUAUCUCAAAUCUAGGCAGAAUUAUUAAUCUGGGGAAUAUAGUUUGUUACAACUAUGAAUUGAGUGUUUGAUGGGACACGCAGUACAUAAGAAUUGCUAUUUUAAACAGAAUUUGAUUGUAGCCUGGUAUUUGGUUUAUUCAGCUUGUUUGUAAUUUGUAUGGUCAUUCCAAGAUUUACCUCCAUUUUCCCCAAUAAUUCCUUUGGCAAGGACUGGUUAUUUAUCUGUAUAUUUGUUUACACCUGAAACACAUGACAUGCUUCAUGAUAGGAAAUGUAUCAAGUGUUUGACCCAUAGACUGACUAACACAUCUUCCUUCAUAGAUUAUGAUGUGACUGCUUGUACUUCCAAGGUGUGUUCAAUUGGGUAGCGUUAUCUGUAUGUUGUCACGGUCUUUUUUAGGGGAAUGAUGUCACCAUUUGUCUAAUGUACAUCUUAAUGUAAAGAAAGGGCAAUAAAGCGAGCUGACAAAUUUCCCUUUUAAAUGACAUUUG